GUAUCCGUCAUAGCCGGCCAACAAUGAUAAUUAAUCUCUAAUUAGUGGAGUGCCGCAUGUAUAUCUGUAGCAGAUAUCUAGUCAGUUCUCUAGACCAGCCAGCAGGCCCCCCAAAAGGAGUCGAUACGAUAAGUGUCUGUCACUGUGUCCUGCAGAACAGCCCAGCUAGAUCUACCUGAUUCAAGAUGGAAAACUUGUCUGGUAUUGCUGUCAAGGGUGACCCCUCCCCCCCUACUGUGCAAGUGAUGGAGAGAGAUGUGGAUGUGGCCAUCAUAGGUAAUGGCCCCUCAGGCAUUUUCUUGUCCCUCCUUCUGUCUGGCCAUCGACCAUUCUACGCAGGGGACCAUCCCGACCCUUUCCUCUCCUACAAGCUGAAGCAACAACCGCAGAAAUCGAUCUUAGAUCAGGAUCUUCAAGAGCUUAGCGAGGGGCUGGAAGGUCGCUCCAACAACCAGCUGGCCCUACUCAUGGACACACUACUUCACCCGAAUGCUGAUAUUGGGGAGAAUCUUCCGUCCACCCUUAACUGGAAAUGCGACCAAUCAAAACACAUCUCUCACGUUGUCAUUGGCGACAGUCAGCCGGGCGGGUCUUGGCACAGCAUGAAGGGGGAGAUACAAUCGCUAAGUCUGGGCAGCUGGCUCGAAUUACCCCAAUACUCGUUUCAAGAAUGGACCACCCAAAAUGUAGGAGACAGAUCAUGUGACGUAUCCUCAAAGCGUGUGACUCUAGGCAGUGUGGCCAAAUACUAUGAAGACUAUGUCAUCGAGAUGGGCCUGCAAGAAAACAUGAUGAAUGGCGUGCGUGUGACUAAAGCGAUCAAAUGUCCCUCCCGUGUUGUGUGUACUAUUGGUUCUCCCAAAUCGUGUGCUUCUCCAUCAUCCAAACUACCACCACGCCCCUUCAAGAUGCAUCCCUGUGAUCUACCCAUGCACACGGUGGACAGUGGGCUAAUUCUGAGUGAGAGGGGAGGCUCUAGUGAUCCCGACACUCUCUCGAAUUAUUCGUGCUCCUCUGAUUCUGAAGAUGACGGUAUUUGUUGCAACAAUGCUGCUGAAAAGGUGCUUCACGACUACAAGUGGUGUUUGAAAGGCACUGGCAAGCAAGGUGAUGUCAUCGUUCGUGCAAAGAAUCUCGUGCUUGCGUGUGGAAUUGGUGAUAGUCCAAGACAGCUAGGGGUAGGUGGGGAGGAUGCCCCCUUUGUUUGUCAUCGUUUCUCAGAUUUUUGUCAGAAGCUGGAGUCAAUCGAUCCUUGCUACCCAGUUGUAAUCGUAGGAGGUGGUUUGUCUGCAGCUGAUGCCGUGUUACUGUGCCUCAGCAAGGGACACAAAGUUGCGCACAUUUUUCACCAGGACGCUAAAGAUUCAUCUCUAAUUUACAACAAGAUGCCUCAGGCUAUUUAUCCCGAGUAUGGACGCCUCUUGAAACUAAUGAACAAUGAAGAACAAAACGAAUUUUACACAGCAGUCAGCCAAUCCAGAGUUUGUGAAUUUACGUAUGGAAACUGUUGUACAUACAAAGACAACAAAGAAAAGACUACCACAAUACCCAUAUCCUUAGCAGGGGUUUUCAUAGGAAGUGAAACUAACCUCGAUUUCCUGCCAACGAGAAUUGGAUUACAACUCGCAAUCGAUCCCUUUCACCCGAUUAAUGCUAAGACGAACCCUAUGGAUGUUGACCCGAUAACAUUUGAGUCAGAGUUAUUCCCUUCGCUGUAUGCAUUGGGACCUCUAGCAGGCGACCAUUUUGUGAGAUUUGUGUUAGGCAGUGGCCUAGGUGUGUGUAGGCAUUUGGUGGACAAACUUUUUUGAUUCUGUAUGUCUGUGUGUGUUUUUACCCAAUGUACGGUAUUGCAAUUAUUUUUAUCCAGAGGAGGGAGGACACGAUUAACCUUAGCUCUAAUUAGCUAAUUAUCGCGACCUUUUAAUUACAUUCUUUGAACGAUUCAUCUUUUCUUUCUUUAUAACCUCUACAUAUUGGGACACACAGAACAGUACUGUAGUAUGAGUGACAGGCACAGAGCAAACCAUACAAGCUGAGACUGUUAGUGUCAUUAAUGUUCUUCAUGUUGGAGACACUCUGAACUAAACAAUUCCAUGUUGCAGCUUUAUCACAGAGACAGGAGUGCUUCUCACAGGGAUCUUGGAGACAGUAGUGCCUGGGGUGCUCCUCAUAGGGAUCCUGUCUCCAGGAUCAAGAGUGCUUCUCACAGAGACAAGAUCAGAGUGCCUGGGAUGCUUCUCACAGGGAUCUUAGAGAUAAGAGUACUUGAGGAGCUUCUUAUAGGUCCUAUUACCUUCAGGUCCUGACAACUUGGCCAUAGGGGUACCUCCAGUAGGAGAAAAGGCUCUAGCUCUUGUGUCCAAUAUGUAGAGGUUAUAAAGAAAGAAAAGAUGAAUCGUUCAAAGAAUGUAAUUAAAAGGUCGCGAUAAUUAGCUAAUUAGAGCUAAGGUUAAAGUUACGGCAAACAGUUUGCUCAUGAAUAUUCAUGAUUUUCUUAUAAUGAUUUUUGUGAAACUAUAAAUGCCAUGAGAGAAAUUUAAAGCACAUACAUGAUAAAUAUAUUGGUGUAUCAAUCUGUAUGACAAGUAUCAAUCUUCAAAACAUCUUCCAGUGGAAGCUCUGAGCGAUCAUCAAGUUACUAGAAACAACACAAAACUAGUAGUCAUUUUAAUUAUUAUUAUUAUUAUGCUGGUUAAACUCACCUUAAUCUCUUUAGGAAUCGUCUAUAAUCUGCACACAGAGCUGCUAUGAGGAGGAUUCUCAUAGAGAGAGAUAUGUAAAUAGCAGCUGAGCCUGCAACCGCAACUGCAACCGUAGCCUCGAUAAUCGGCCUGGUCUCGAGGCUACUGCAACCUCAAUAAUAAUCUACGGCGAGGUAUACGGAUUAUUUAUAUACAUUUACGGGUAUCUCAUUAACAUUCCACAAGAUUCCAGAGAUUUCAAGAGAUUCCAAGAGAUUUCAGAGAUUCCAAGGGAUUCCAGAGAUUCCACAAGAUUCCAGAGAUUCCACAAGAUUUCAAGAUUCCAAGUGAGAUUUCAAGAUUUCAGUUGAGAUUCCAAAAAUUUUGUACGAGAUUCCUGGCCGUUGCGGACCCCUCGGGUUCCAGCUCGGGGUUCCAGGGCUCUGAGAGCGAUGGACUGUUAAAUUUACCUAAAAAAAGGUCGUCACUUCUUCGAAACGUAAUGCACAGAAGCCAUUGAAGGAACCCCAACCUACUGAGUCAGCACUUUUAUCUUAUUUUGCCAUUCUUGAGCGUUUAUCAGUCUUGUAUUACGUCUCCUGUUAGUCUAUGAGUCGUAGUAGUUUAAAACUAUCGUUGCUACACCUGCUAUAUUAAGACAGGAGUCAAAGAAACAAGGAAAGUGCAGCAACAACUGGAACUUUGUUACUAAUCUUAGUUUCUGGCUUAUUACUUCGAGUAUGACUAUGCUACUCACUUUCUAGUAUUACUGAGUAUUGUUAGCAUCAUUUCUUACCAGUAUAAAAGGCUAUUUAACAUACUGAA